AUGGAUGCUACUAGGAGGCAACGCGUCGAAGGUCGUCCUAAGGGAUUCUUCACUCCUGAGAUGUGCAAAGCUGAAUUCGAUCGGGUAAUGUCCGAACCUUGCCCAACUGAUGUACCGACUGGAGCAGAAUAUAGUAGAAUGGCGGUGGUGGAGGCAUGGUUAGCUCAUUUCUGGGAAGAGGAUAAGAAAGAUGCAGAGCAAUAUGAGGAGCUGCAGAAUGUGAAAAUCCGUUAUUGGAUGGAGCGCAUAGCGAAUCUACAAGCAAUGCGCGAUACUCUUAGCGAUGAGCAAUAUGAAAAAAUGCAUGAUGAUGUCGUAAGAGAGGAUGAGGCAAUCGAAUAUGAUGAAGAGGAGAAAGAGUUCCGAGAAUUGUACGCGACCAUAUGUAUAGAUUAUCUGAAAAAGGCUGAUCAGAAUAGGAGCGAUGGCGCAACGUCUCGCUUGUCAGGACGGUUACCUCCAACAAGGCCUCCUGAUCAGUCACCUCUGGGCCCGAAGACAGCGUUCAGGUCACCGUCACCUGGCAGUUCAUCGCUCAAAUCACCUGGUCAGUCUACAGUGGAUUCUGAAGAGCAUCAGGUUGCGGCAAAGGCUGAAGAUGACCAUGUGGGUUUUUUUUUUCCAAAACAUUGACC